AUGCUAAAGACUCCCAGUCUCGGUUUCCUAGCAACCAGCGGCCAUGAAUCGGUGAAACGAGAUGAACAGGUGUACCAGCCUUGUACCGUACAGGAAGAGGAACCCAUCGAAGUCAAACCUAUAGAAGCCCAGCAACGUACCAGAGACUCGCUCCCGGAUCAAGAUAGGGCUACGUUCCCUGGCGCUUCGAAUAUGUCCGCCACUGAGCUCGAUGAUCUGAAAUCAGAGCUCCCCGAGAGGCUUUACAGUGAUCUGUGUCUGAUAGAUCCCGCAUUCAACACCGUGGCAACGCUGAGAGAUGCUAUUCCUUCACUUCUUCGUUCAUUUGCUAUCCGAUUGGGUUCACACGGCUCAUCUAAAGUGCCAAUGGAAAUCAUGUUGUUUGUUUACAAAAGCAGGGACAAAAUAAGUGCUGCGCUUAGUGAACUUGUUGAAGACUCGAACCAGCAGGGGGACUCCUCAAAAUCUCCAGAUAAGAGCUCGGUAAUGUUAGAUGAUGCCAUCUUAGACUGGAGGGCCAAUAUCGAAAGUGGGGAAGUCCCUACAGUUCCUCAACCUGAUAUCGAAGAGCGACCGGCGGUGAUCAACGAAAGAGGCUAUCGAGAACUUGUUUUCAAUUCUGUUGCAUACAAGUGGCUGGUGGCGGGCCUGAUGUGCAUAGGCGGAUUCAUCGGAAUAUCUGCCGCUGCUUCAAACAUCCACGACAUAUCAGCAGGCGGAAACCAUCAAAAAAGCGAGCUAGAAGAUGAUACGACCGUCCGAUGCGAAUUCAAAAAGUCAGGCCUCACAGUACAGGUCGAAGGCAUAACGGACUCUAUAGCAACCAUAGGUGAGCAGAUUGGCUGGCUUGGUGCUGCCCUCCGCCCGUCAUCGUCAGGAACGGAAUUUGCAACUUGUCGGCCGAUCUUCGGUACCUGCAACCCCAGUAUCUCCAAGUCAAGGCCUGCGGAAUGCUUUAUCGCAUUUCUAACCACCCCUAUGGGUGCUACGAAGGAUAGGCCUGGUCAAUGCUGGCAUGCGAUCUUUCGUAACCCGGUAAUGGUGGAAGGUUAUCCGAUUCCAAGACGCAAGCGGUACGGAUCAGGGUUGGAAAUGCCCUUAAACGUCAUGGCGGGAUUGAAUUCGUCUCCUCGAAUCCACAAGUACGGAGGCAAUUACUACCUCAAGGGUUACUCGACUGCCUUGGUUCCAACCGAGAAAAUAGGUAAUAUGGUUCUCUGGCAUUUCUACUAUAGCGACGACGGAAGCCGUCUUCCAUAUCCCAAUCCAACUGGCCUACGUUGCGUAGAUCUUAGCAUGCAAGAUCUUACGGCUGCACGCCACGUUGUGGGUUGGUGUUCGAACGCCAAUUUCAAGACGGGUGCGGCCGAUAUGAACUAUGCCAUUGGAGCUUCUAAGCUCCAGCGACCGGGGAAGGAGUUUGCCCUGGAGAAGAUUUCUUUUUCUUUUGGUCAAUUCAUCACUGGAGGUUGCCAAUUCGCGAUCGGUCGAAAGGACCAGCAUGUACGAGCAACUAAAGGCACAUACAUCGACAAGUUAAAGUGGCUCGACAAGAAAUACGUUACGCUGUGGGAUGUUGAAUAUGAGCGUGGGUGGUUGGUUAACGGUAACGCGGCGCUGUUGCAUCUCUUGAGAUCAUCGCUCCAUCAUUCAAGUACCGACAAAUUCAGCUCGGACUUUCAUUUUCAACCGCAAGAUUUCCAAGAAUCCAAAAAUCCCCACACUCUAGAUUCGGCACUUGAGGUACUUCGCAACAGCAAGAAUCAACAAUUAGAGCUAUACGACAAGGAUAUAGAUAUACGACAAGGCUGCGCGACCAACUCUCGAACGACAGUCAAAGACCGUGUUGAGGAGUUGUACGAGAUAUUGGAGAAGCUCUUCGAUCAUACUGCGACUUCAGAAGCCUCGUCUAAAGGUCUCAAUGCUAAGUCUCGCUUCCAAGAUCAUCUCGAAGGCUGGGAUUUUAUAGAUAUCGCGACAAACAGAGACCCAUUCUUCAUCAAGAGGACAACACUAGGGCUCUCCAUGCUAGGUUGGCCUGAUCUUGUGAGGGCUACUUCUGCAAUUACCUUAUUUGGCAAAGGCUUUGGCGAACUUAUAGAGGCAGUCGAAGCUCAACAAGGUGGGGCAUGCAAAGAGUGGAUGACGAUGCCCAAAAAUAGGAACCUCCUCUGUGGAACCAUCACCAAGAACGCACCACGCCGUUCAAGGUCUCAUAUCUACGAAACUGUGGACUGGUCGUUCCCAGGCAUGCGUCAACUUAGAUGA